GAGGCAGAAGAGACUUUUGUGCUAGUGCAGAAUAUAAGAAAGAGGGAGCUUGGGGAGGAGCAUCCUUCCACGCUGACCAGCAUGGCUAACCUGGCGUUGACGUUUUGGAAACAAGGGCGGUGGAAGGAGGCCGAAGAGCUGAAUGUGCAAGUGAUGGAGACGAGAAAGAAGGUGCUUGGAGAGGAGCAUCCCUCCACGCUGACCAGCAUGGCCAACCUGGCGUCGACGUUUUGGAAUCAAGGACGGUGGAAGGAGGCCGAAGAGCUGUUUGUGCAAGUAAUGCAGACAAAUUUAAGAAUGCUUGGGGAGGAGCAUUCAGACACGCUGACCAGCAUGGCCAACUUGGCGUCGACGUACAGUAAUCAAGGACGGUGGAAGAAGGCCGAAGAGCUGGAGGUGCGAGUGAUGGAGACGAGAAAGAGGACAAGUUUUAGGGUGCUUGGGGAGGAGCAUCCAGACACGCUGACCAGCAUGAACAAUCUCGCAUUUACGUUAAAGGCCCAAUCUUGCAAUAGCAACGCUAUUGUACUUAUGGAAAAAUGCUUCCGACUACGCAAACAUGUCCUAGGCCCUCAGCACCCAUGCACAACAUCAUCACUAGAAGCUCUGAACAUGUGGCGGUUGGAA